AUGUCUAGAAUAGCAGUCGCAUCUCUAGUUGCCCCUCAAGAAGUGCUAUCCGUCUCCGUAAGAGCACCAAUGCAGCAAGAAUGGUAUGAAGAGAAUGGACGCUGGUACCAUGCAUGGCAGAAGGGUCUAUACAUGUACCCGCAUGACGAGGUGAGCCGCUCCCUUAAACUUUGGCCCAUUCACGCAUUGGCAUGUCAUUCGCACAUGCUGACAUACAAUUCAAGGNAGGAGCGCCAUCGCAUGGAUGUUUACCACAACCUGUUCUACGACAAAGCUGGAUUGAGCUUGCACUCGGCGAGAUUGAUCCCGGAGGUCGCUCAUCGCCCUCGAAUCAUGGACCUUGGCUGCGGAACUGGCUUCUGGGCGAUUGACAUGGGCGAGCAAUACCCAGAGGGAGAGGNNCACCUCCGACCUGGUUUUGGCUGUAUCGAGCAACUAGAAAUAGAUUUUGAGCCUCGUUGUGACGACGGUACGCUGCAUCCGGAUUCAUAUCUCAGCCAAUGGUAUGGUUACAUGGUACGGGCUACAGACCAGACACCCAAAACCAUUCGAUACUCGCACAACACUCGGCAAGCACUGUCGCAAGCUGGGUUCACCGACAUCUCGGAAAGAGUCAUCAAAGCACCAUACCGAGCAUGGUCAACUGACCCCACUGCUUUCAAUAUCGGCAACUUCCACCAGACUGCGUUGGACCUCUGUGCUGGCCUCGAAGCACUGAGUCUAGGCCCAUUCUCUCGUGUGUUCGGCUGGAGCAAGCAAGAGAUUGAAGGCUUCCNNCUUGCCGGCGUGCGAGCGGAGAUUCGCAAUCGUUCGAUCCAUGCAUACACAAACAUCCAUGUGUGGACGGCGAGAAGACCGCUUGCGAGAUGA